CAGGCACUCGGGGGAGGAGGUGUUCGCAUUUCUCCGCAGGACCAGCUCGCUUUGCAGAGCAUUGUCUGGCGAUGGCACAUUCCUUCAUGGCCAGGACGUGGCCCAUCAUCCCCCGUGCACAGGCAGCCUGGACAUGAGCGGCGGGCGAGGGAGGAGGAAUUUUGCUUUCCCUCGGAGGCGCCGACCCCUCCUCCGCCCGGUUUUCCCCCGUGCCGGCAGCUCAGUUGCUCCGGAGGGCUCUUGGGAAGAGGGGCCGCCGCCGGGAGCCCAUCACCGCGGCGCACCGCCUCGCCCCGACUCCUACCGCAGCAUCUCCGCCGCGCACCGCCCCGCGCCCGCGAUAUCUGAGCCUUGACGUGAAGACACUGGCAAUAGCACCAGCAGAGUGUGUGUGCUUCGGCCCUAAUAAUAGUGUUAAAUAAGCGGAAUUUGACUUAAGAUCAAAAUCAAGAGACAUGGCUAUCAAUUGGAAGACCUGCUUCUUCAGUCUCAUGUUGCUUCCACUGGUCACAGCAACACACUCCAACUGCAUCAUUAAAAAGGAGCAAGAGACUUGUCUGGAGAAGAUACGAAGGGCAGCUGCCCUGAACCCUCUCAAUGACUCUUCACCUGGUUGCCCAGGAAUGUGGGAUAACAUCACAUGCUGGAAACCUGCAAGUGUGGGUGAAAUCGUCUUUGUUAAGUGCCCUGCACUGUUCAGAUUUAUCAUCUCUGAAGAUGGUUGGGAAGUAGAUAACUUGGGACAAACUCAUGCAGGUGAUUAUGACCUACUGGAAAGUGCAGCCCAGUCUCCCAUAGGGGACAUCAGCAGAAAUUGCACUGAAGAUGGCUGGUCUGAACCUUUCCCUCAUUAUUAUGAUGCUUGCGGCUUUGAUGAAAAUGAAACAGAGUCUGAUAACCAGGAUUAUUACUAUCUCUCUGUGAAGGCUCUGUACACGGUGGGAUACAGCACUUCCCUUGUUUCCCUCACCACCGCCAUGGUUAUCCUGUGCCGUUUCAGGAAGCUUCACUGCACUCGGAACUUUAUCCACAUGAACCUCUUUGUUUCAUUCAUCCUACGGGCAAUAUCCGUAUUCAUUAAAGACGGGGUUCUUUAUGCCGAACAGGAUGGCAACCAUUGUUUUAUCUCUACUGUGGAAUGUAAAGCUGUGAUGGUCUUUUUUCACUACUGUGUCAUGUCCAACUACUUCUGGCUUUUCAUUGAGGGGUUGUACCUUUUCACUUUACUGGUGGAAACCUUUUUCCCAGAGAGGAGAUAUUUCUACUGGUACACUAUUAUUGGCUGGGGCACCCCAACAAUCUGUGUCACUGUCUGGGCAGUGCUGAGGCUUCACUUUGAUGAUACCGGCUGCUGGGACAUGAAUGACAACACUGCCUUAUGGUGGGUGAUCAAAGGUCCUGUGGUUGGAUCGAUCAUGAUAAACUUUGUGCUUUUUAUUGGCAUAAUUGUGAUACUUGUGCAGAAACUCCAGUCACCUGACAUCGGGGGCAAUGAAUCCAGCAUUUACUUCAGCUGCGUUCAGAAAUGCUACUGUAAGCCUAAGAGGGCUAACCAGCAUUCUUGCAAGAUGUCAGAACUAUCAACCAUUACCCUGAGACUGGCUCGCUCUACGCUGCUGCUUAUCCCCUUGUUUGGAAUUCACUACACGGUGUUUGCUUUUUCUCCUGAAAAUGUCAGUAAGCGGGAGAGACUAGUGUUUGAAUUGGGACUGGGAUCUUUCCAGGGUUUUGUUGUUGCUGUUCUCUAUUGUUUCUUGAAUGGGGAGUUUCUCCCUAAAGGUGCAAUCAGAAAUAAAGAGAAAAUGGAGGAGCUGGAAAGUCAACCGGUAUUUUGCUGUGGAUUUCAAACAUCGUCAUCCUUCUCUAGCGAGCAGCGGAGUGAACGGGGGGACACAACUCUCCAUUCUGAGCAAGAGCAGUUCUCAGAUUCGGAUGUCCAGCAUAAAUGCGGAGAAUCUAGCGACAUGAGCAGCUAAGGAAAACAAAUCAAUCAACAAACAAACCAAAAAAAUCCCUUUAAAAAGAAAAUAAAAUAAUAGAUUUCAAGCUGGUGAGGGUUUAUUUUCCCUUGUCUUCCCUUGUCUUCCCUUCCCUUCUCUUCCCUUCUCUUCCUUUCCUCCUUCUCCUCUCCUUUCUCCAAAAUAUCCUUGAUGUUUUCAGAGGUGAAAAAGCAAAGGAAAUGUAUAUAUAUAUGUUUUUAACAGUCACUGUAAAUAUACAACUGUAACCAAGGCCAUUGAUGGAAAAAUACUUACAAGAAAAACAACAGGCCAAGCCCACCCACUCAAUGAUUUACAUUUCAGAGCAUCUGCAAGUAAUCCGUUGUCCGUCAAAAGUAACAAGUGAUUGCUGUGCAGUUGUGAUCCGUGGUUGCCAACCCGAUACUAAUCUGUGAAUGGAUAUGAUCAUGUUAUUUUUCAAGUUGGUUUUCAUUUUGUUUUUGGAUUUGGCUCUGUUUUUUUCUAUUCAGACAUAUCUUAGCCUGUCCCAGUCUUUUGGCAUGUGAAUCUCUGUAGUGCCUCUCUUUUGAGUCUCUAGAAUAGAGUCAACAUGCUUGGGUUAAUCAUACCAGCCGGUUCAGGAAGGACUCCAGAAAACCAGUGUCGUGACUGGGUUUAGUCAGAUGUACUCAGUGGACUUGAAGAAGCUGCUGUGCCAAUACGAAGCUGCGUAGCUGUCAUCAAUCAGCAGGGGGGAUCCAGGCCAGAGAGAUGAGAUCAGCUAACUUUUUCCAUUCCCAAGGACACUUCAGAGAAUGCUUUAUGUUCUAGCUAAGCUGUGAAUUUUUUAAAAGGACCAUAAAGUUGAGAUAUAUCUAUAUUUUUGUCAUUGACUGAUUGCUAAGUCGGUUGACUGAUUGAUUGGAUUCUUUAAGUAAUAAAAAUAAUUGACCCCUCACUCCCACCUUAAGAGUAAAAGUCAGUUCCAGGAUGGUUUUCCCUCCAGAUAACCUUGGACCCUCUGCACCUGUGUCCAAUACAUGGCAUGUUUUCGGGUAGUGGUGUCACAGAGUGAGACCUGGUUGUUAUGACUCUUCUUUGCCAGAGCAAGAGGCACAAGAGCAACCUGGCAAGAUCAUCCUGAAAGGUAACGGUCAUCAGCAUGUAGUGAGCAUCUAAACUGAAUAAUAGGAUGCUAUAGAAGGAAAAGAUAAAGACUUUGGAUGACUUCCCACAUCUGGCAAUUUUCCUUCUCUUUGGAUGUUCUGUUUGCUUAACCACAGAUGUUCUUACUGCUUUUGUUUGAGAGAAACAAAAACAUUCUUCCCAAUUUUGCCUUGUAGUUAAAGCCACGACUGGUGCAUAUCUACUUCAGUCAAAUGUUGAUGAUGUCAAUUCUUAAAAGUCUUUAUAUGGUGCAUAAAGACUUUGUGGACAGUACUAGCUCUCACUUCAUUGUGGAUUUAUGAACUGAUAUAUAUAUAUAUAUAUAUAUACACACACAAAUAUAUAUAUAUGUGCGUGUACACGUGUGCAUAUAUUAAAAAGCAAAAAUGGAAAUGACAUUUCAAAUGUGAAGUUAUGAACUCAAACUAAUAGUAACCAGGAAAUUCAAAAUUCAAGUUUGUUCUUUGUUAGUUGACCUGACUUUGAAAAAAAGUGAAAGACUCAAUUUCAGUGUCAACUGAGCUUUUAA